AAUAGAAACUAGUCUGCUAGAGAAAAGAAAAAAUAGUUCGGAAAAUCAAAUUAAAAAAAUUUAAUAGAAAAUAAAAAAAGAAAAUAAAAAGUUUAUUUUGAUUUUUUGCAAUUUUAAAGAAGCGGGUUUUGUUUUUAAUAAAUUAGAUUUUAAAUCGUAUAUAUUUUAGGAGUAUAACACAUUAAAAAUUUCGGAUUGCUUAUCAUUUGUAUAGAAAUAAGAACGAGAGUACGAAAAAUAUAAUUUUUAAAUUUUAUUUUAUCGAAAAUUAAAAUUUAAAAAAAAAACAAAAAGUUGAAUUGUUAUUAAAAAGUGUAUAACACUUUAAUAGUAUAUAACAUACUAUUUUGUAUUAAAACUAAAAAAAAAACGAAAAAUAUCAAAGGAAAAUUUAAAAAUUUGGAAUUAAAAAAUUUUCACGACUCUUUGUUUUUGUCUUUAAAUCAUAAAAGAUUUAAUAUAAGACUUUUAUUUUCAAAAGGAUGCAAAAUGCAAUUAUACGAGUAAAAUAUAUUGACAAGAAACCCUAACUAUACUACACAAACUAACAUAAUUUUAAAAUUUAUUGAAAAACGAUAAAAUUUAAUAAUACUAACUUUUAUUGAAAAAAAUCAAAAACAACAAUAAAUAAAAUAAAAAUAAAUAAAUAUAUAAACAGAGUAUUGUAUUUUCUCAAUAUAAUAAAAAGCAACAAAAUUCCAUCUGGUGAGAGAUUUUCCACAUAUAACAACAAAAAUAAUUUUUUUCAUCUUCUUGAGUGACAUUUUACCAUCCCGCAUUCAUUUUAAAGAAUAGGUAAAUUAAAUGUAAACAUUGUUAAUUUUUGACUGGAGGUAUACAAUUAAAUCAAAAGUUAUUAAACAGAUAUGAAAAACAUGAAAUUUCAAACAUUGGCGAUUAAGACGAUUGAUAAUCUGAAACAUUGCAGUAUGAAAUAAAGUUGCGCCCCGAAGUGGUCUACAUUACAUUGGAAAGAUUAUAAAAAUCUUUUUUUUUUCUGCAUUGAAAAAUACCUGUAUGUGCCUAACAUUUUGUUCUCUUCGUCUACUCUAAGGAUCGUUUUUUGUUCUGGUAUCGUAAUCAUAUUAAAUGUUUCCCUGAGUGUGUUCCGAAUCAAAAAUACAAAAAAACUAAAAAAAAAAGAGCAGUCAAAAUCAUAAAUUAUUCAACAAAACCAGAUAAAAACUAAAUAAACAACAAUAACAUUCAUCGCAGUAAAGUAGAAAAAAAAAACAAAUAACAAAGAGAACGCUAAAUUUUUUUUUUGACAAAAAGAAAGAGAAGCUUUCAUUUUAGAUUAAAACGAAAAAGACAAUUUACUCUUUUUUGUUUGGCUGUUGUUAUUUUUCUUUUUCCAUAUAAUAUUUUCUCUCCACAAAAGAAUCGGGUUAAGAGCGAUUGUUCAACUGUGUGUGUGUGUGUUAAAGAUUGAAAGAACAAAAAAAAAAUAUACUAAAAAAUCUCUAUUGAAAAAAUAAAUAGGCAAAGGUAAUAAAGUAUAUAUUUUAAGCAACAACAAAAAAAAAGGAUAUAAAUAAAGUAAAUUUCACAUAUCCUUACAAUUUUUUUAACCUGUACGUAUAGAUAAACAAUUAGAAUUUUAUUUACUUUGAAAAAUAAAGAUUUUUACUGGUAUUUAAAGAAACACUAAAAUUAAAUUUCACGUAAAAAAAUUUCAAUAAAUUUUAACAAGGAAAGCAAUAAAAUAAAAGACUUUGGAAUUUUAAAUUUGGUCUUAUAAAAAUUUUUCUAUAUAAACCGCCCCUAUAUAUUAUACAAAAAUUGAUAAAUUUCGGCGUAAAACUGGCGAAAUGGAUAGAAAACUGUUAUACGCGUUUCGAGGUUGGAUAGCAUUUGUUGCAUUCAUGGAUCUUGGGACAGCAUUUCGUAGUUAUAUCGAAAAAAGAAGUUUUUUAGGGGACCAUACCGAUACACAAUUUAUAGAAGGUGAUUAUACAAUAUCUAGAAUAAUAGGAAUGUACUGUGUAUUAAAAGCAUUGGCCUUAGUGCAUUGCACUCUAUACAUACAUUAUAAGCCUGUGGUUAGUAUGGGAGGAUGUGCUUUAGCUUUGACAAUGGUGCUUUACUCCAGUGAGGCCUUGUACUUUCGCUCUAGCACUUUAAAUUUUUAUGUGAUUUUUCCGUGUGUACUUAAUACAAUCACACUUAUUGGCCUUUUGUAUAUUCCAAAACGUUUAAGACUUUGGGACCCUCAAAGUGAAAUCGAUGAUGAAAAUUCUCAGCUUUUAAAACAAAUGGGUGGUUUUAAAAAACGCAGUAGAAUUAAUAAAAAUAAAGAGCGAACAUUUUAGUGAUCAAUAAUUAAUAUUAUUUAAAAAAAAAAUAACGAAAACAAAAAAAAAAUCAGAUUUUUUUUUUUUAAAUUAAAAAAUUAUCAAAUGAAACUUACAUACAAUUUAUUAUCGAUUAUCAUUAUUAUUAUUAUUAUUAUAUAAAAAUAUAUUCAAAAAUCAUAUAGAUUUUUAAUAAUUGAAAAAAAUUAAUAUCAAACUAAAAUUAUAUUUAUUAAGUUUUUUCUAUAAAUUCAUGAUUUAAUUAAAUAAUUAAUAAAAUAAAAUAAUUAAAAAAAAAAACGCAAAAUUGUUUAAAAAUUUUAAUUAAAAGAUGAAAACAAACGGAAUAUUUAUAUAUAUAUACAUGAAAUAUAGUUUUAAGAAGCAAAAAAAAAUUAGUUGAAAUUUAUUAUUAAAAAAAAUAUAUAAAAAGAUAUCAAAAAAAAAAAAAAUUAUAUCGUGCAACGACUAUAUUUGAUUAUUAAAAGAAAAAUUAAAUAGAAAAACAAUUAUAUCAAAAAUCAUUUAUAUAAAAACAACAAUUAAAAAAAACUUGUAUCAAUUAUUAUUAUUAAAUUAAUUAUAAAAUUAUAGGUUAACAAAAAAAAUUUUAUAUUAUAAAAGUAAAAUUUUUUAUAUAUUUAUUACAAUAUA